CAAGGUACGGGCUCUCUUACCGGUUACAUACAAACAGCGUGUGUGCCGCAGGAAGUUUGUUUAGGGCAAGUGAUCUAGGGGUUCUACAAAAUCGCAAGUGCCAUAAUGGGACCAAAAGCAAAGAAGGCUAAGGUAGAUUCGGGCGCUUCUGCACCGGUGGAUGGAAGUGGGGAAUUCUUUCCAGGUAUUAGUGCCAUCCAAUACAAGCCUGAUGCCCCUGCAACAGACACCCUAUGUUAUAAGCAUUACAAUGCUAAAGAGGUUGUUCAUGGUCGUACAAUGGAAGAAUGGCUGAGGUUUUCAGUGGUGUACUGGCACACCUUCCGUGGCACAGGUUUGGACCCAUUUGGCUCAGCAACCCUGAAAAGACCCUGGGAAGAUGGCACAGACAGCAUGGAAAUGGCCAAGAAAAGGCUGCGUGUAGCUUUCGAGUUUUUCACCAAGCUAGGGGUGAAAUAUUGGACCUUCCAUGACAGGGAUAUUGCCCCAGAGGGAGCCACCAUUGAGGAGAGCAACAAAAACCUGGAUGAAAUAUCUGACCUUGCCCUUCAGCUGCAGAAAGAGACUGGCGUUAAGCUGCUGUGGGCAACAUCCAAUCUUUUCUCACAUCCAAGAUAUAUGAAUGGUGCGGGCACCAACCCUGACUUACAUGCCUAUGCAUAUGCUGGAGCACAAGUAAAGAAAUGCUUAGAGAUUGCCAAAAAGCUUGGGGCAGAAAACUUUGUGUUUUGGGGAGGAAGGGAAGGCUACCAGAGCUUGCUGAAUACUGAUGUUCAUGCUGAACUUUCACAUAUGGCCAACUUCUUCAAAAUGGCUCUUGCAUACAAAAAGAAGAUUGGAUUCACUGGUCAAUUCUUGAUUGAACCCAAGGCCAAAGAGCCAACAAAACAUCAAUAUGAUUAUGAUGCCAUGACUGUGAUUGCUUUUCUGAAGACAUUUGGACUGGACAAAGACUUCAAGAUCAACGUGGAACCAAAUCACACCACUCUAGCAGGACAUCCAUAUGAACACUGCAUUGUUAUGGCAUCUGAGUUUGGGUUUUUGGGUUCCAUUGAUGCUAACACUGGGUCUCCAGACUGUGGAUGGGACACAGACCAGUUCCCCAUGGAUGUCAAGAAUGCUACCAUGGUCAUGAGGACUGUGAUCAAACAGGGAGGAAUCCAGCCUGGUGGCCUCAACUUUGACUGUAAAGUGCGCAGAGAAUCCACAGACCCCGAGGAUAUGUUCAUUGCACACAUUGGUGCGAUGGAUACUUUAGCUCGUGGGCUGAGGAAUGCUGCAAAGAUUGCAGAAGAGGGUCACUUGGAUAAGUUGGUUCAGGAACGCUACAAAACCUUCAAAGUGGGUCUGGGUGCCAAAGUGGAGAAAGGGGCUGCAACAUUUGAGGAACUGGAGGAGUAUGUCAAGAAGAAUGGGAACCCUGAGAUGAUAUCUGGCAAGCAGGAGCACUGUGAGGCAAUGUUCAACCAUUAUGUGUAACUAGGCCCUAUUGUGAAUGCCAACACUCAAUCGAUGCCAUAUUUUAAAGGUUUCUCUUGGAAGCCCACUUGAGUCAUGGUGCAUAUGAUUAUAACUUACAAUUUAUAAAUUGUUCAAAUCCACUGACAGCAUUUAUUAAUUUUUGUGUAAAGUCAAACAUAGACUACUUUCAACCAAUCAAAUUUUUACAUUUCACGUAUUUUUGGAAUCAAAUGUUAUUUUUGUAGCCUUUAGCAGACAAUCGCACUAUAUCCUGAGCACAUAUUUUACUAUUAUAUGUACAUUAUCUGAAAGUUAUGUAUACAGAACAUUAAUGUACGAUGUGCACUAGUUUCCCAUGCUGCACUGAAUCGACUAAAUUUUGCUGAUAAGCAAGUGUCUAUUAUGCAAUAUAUUAUUCCAUAUAAAAAUUGUAUGUGGACACAUGGUGGGGAGAUGCAAUUUCUUAGAAACAUUAUUGGAUUUUAGCACUUAUUUUAUAGAACUAGAAAAAUUAUAAAUAUGAAAGUUUAAGGAUCUUUCAGAUUUUGAUAGUCUUACAUUAGAAGUUAUAAAAAUGUGUUUAGAAGAAAAACGAACUGAUUGAGAAUAAAAUACUCCUUAAGAUGAAUUCCUUAAA